GCAGUCUGGAUGAAGUAGCUUCCGGGCGACAGGGUACCAGCAGUAAACAUGGCGGAGGAACUGCUGGAAACAGUGGACAGACUUCAGUCCCGGCUCCAUGAGAAUCCGGAGCCUCGAAAGGUAACAACUAAACGGGUCGGUUCGGUCAAUGUUCACGUUUAACAUCGACUGUCUCCCGAUUUGCGACGGGUUGUUUCAGGCGCCUUAAACGAAGCAACGGCCACGGCAGGUUCCCUGAAGUCGCAACCGUUUUUUAAAUGCUGCGUUCACGGGUCGCUCUGUAAAUCUGAUAAUCUGACAUGUUCUAACAGUCACAUUUUUGAAUGGCGAAAAAAAAAGUAAAAUAGUUGUGUGGUUACGAUAGAAUUAAGAGUGUUCAGUGACAUUUAAGUGCACAAGUCAGGUAUGUCAGUAGGCCGGAAAGAAGAAAUUAAACAUGUUAUAGAGCUUAAAAAUGGCCAUGAGCGGAACAAAUAAAAAUGAAUGAACGAAAUACCAAAGACAGAUUUUGAUGUACAGUAUGUAAGACAAACUGUAUCGCACAUUUACGACAGUGGCCCAUACAUUGGAGCUAAUCCACUAAGAAAAACAACAUAUGCUCAAAAUUAAAUAAAACAUGAGUCUUUUUUAAAUCGCAGCUCUUGAGUGCUCUUUGACUCCAUAUAAUGAGAAGACUUUGUAGAAAGUUUCCGUUAAUUCUUCCAUCCCUUGAUUAUAUUAUAUUAGAUAUUCCUUUAUUCCUCCCUCAGUGGGGAAAUUUAAAAUAUUGACAGCAGCAGUACACACAAGAUACUAGAGCUGGGACGAUACGCUUUUCUCCUGAUUUGAUUCUUCUAUGAUUUUUUGUAUGCCGAUGCAAUUUAAGUUGCGAUUCUACUAUAUUGCGGAUUUUCUCGAUUUCUCGUCUGCAUUUUUAACACCAGUGAAACAGUUGAAUGAUUAUGAUCGUCUGCUGACUAUUCCAGGAACUAUAUUUCCCCAAAAAAUACACAUCACAUGUGAGUCAGUUUUUAAGAUUUAUUCUUAACUUUGGGGGGAAAAAAAAACGAUUUUUUAAUUUAAAAAUGGGUAAAAAAAAAUUGUCAAAGAAAAAAUCGUGAUACUUAUGUGAAUAGAUACACAGUCAGACAUACUGGGUACAAAAAAACAUAAAUAAAGAUAAAAGAAUUAGUGCAUACAAUUUUACUGUUUGUGUUGUAUAUAGUGUAAAUACCUGUAUAUUAUCUCUAUUUUUUUUUACUUAUUUUUACUUAUCAUAUCUAUUAUUUAUCUCUUCUUUUACUGUAUUUGCACUUGAGUACUGUGACAAAAGCAAUUUCCGUCUGGGGAUUAUUAAAGUAUUUCUGAUUCUGAAAAUAGAAAGAGCGGUGCAAGUAAAAGAUUUGUAUAAAAAUAUAUGGUAUACUGUUUGACCUUUUAAAUAUCUCAGUUAAGUUUCUGAAUCAACAUGAAUUAUAAGUGAAGGAAUCUACAUGUUUCCCAUCAAUAAUUCAGCAUUUAUGGAGAUGAUAUUUACAGCCUGCAGUUUAAAUCGAAGACGCCAGAAUUCCUGUAAAAAAAAAGGAUGAAAACAAUAAUCUACAGCUUCACGAGCUUUAUUUGUAAUCUGUACGAAACCUCAUAGAGAGGGAUGAUUGGAUCAAAAGAUUACAUUUUGAAAGGUUAGCUGCACUCGUUUUACUUUACUGUUAGUAAAUCCAAACUCGACACACGAAUUUCCGACAAUCCAUGAAGGCGUCUUGUGGGACGUCACGAUUUCUAAUGGCUUUCUACUUGUUUCAACGAACCACUUUACCUCAACUAUGAGACAACAUCAACACCUGUCCGCUUGGUUUAACACCUGCUCGUAAACCCUCUGUAACAAUAACUAUAAAAAUAAACCAACACCUGAUUCAUUUUGAGGCCAAACUCGAGGCUGGAGUAGCAAUUAGCCUCUAAGCUAACCAGCCCGAGUACGCAGAGUGAUGACAGACAGAGAGUCCAGGCCUCCAAUGUGGACCUGGUUCUGGUGAUUUGAGCUGAUAAAUCUGUCGCACAUCACUGCACUGGGGUCUAAUCUCUUCAUAACGCGAAAGAUAAAGCGGAUAAAUCAUAAUUAACGAUCCCUGACCCGUCCUUUGUUUACCUCCCUGCAUAAAUGUGAGUGAGUGCCCCACAAACACAAAGCAGUCCUGGUCUCUGUGGAGCUGGUUUUGCUAACAGGGGGGUGGAUGUUAAAGUCCUGGAGUCAACAGUCUGAGUAGAUUAAGGAUUUUACAGGGUUUCUGCCUGGUUAGUAGGCCAGACCCAGAGCUGUUAGGUUUUGGUGUUUGUGGACCUUUUUUAAAACCAACACCCCCAGUUUAUUGUGAAGGUCUAUAAUAGAGCCACAAACCAACAUCUGUAAUCCAAGUAGAAAUUCUUUAUGUAUCGUAAAAUUGUAUUAAAAUGUUUUUGUGCAAAAGUAGCACGCAUUUAAUUUAUAUGUAUUCAAACAGAGGUUGAAAUCUAAACCUGUAAUACCAUAAUCCAGACAGUCAUCAAUGAGAUGUGUUUAUAUUUUUGUCAUAAAUCAAUGUCAGAUCCACAACAAAGAUUGUAUGAAUGUAUGGUGGCUGAGAACCGCCACUGCUGCAAAUAAAAAAAGAGGUCACAACAGUUACUGAUGCAAAUAAAAAAAGAAACCGAAGCCCGCGGCAAAUAAGAAAAGGAACAGCGCAGACAAAAAAAAGGUCACAACGGAAGUUAACGAUGCACAAAAAAAGUGGCGAUGCAUAAAAAGAAAAAGUUACUCACUGCGAAAAUAAAAGGAUGCAUAUAAAAGAAGACACAAUAAAAGUGAGCUGCCGGGACCAGUAAUGAUGAUGCACCGGUGUUUUUACGAUGUUUUACGAUUUAAGCGCCUGAGUCGAUAUGAAGUUGAAUUGGAGGAUGUCUGUGUCGUGUUAGUUUCGGUACAACUUCAUAUCGACUCAGGCGCUACGUGGUCUAACCACAUGACACAUUGAAAAGUUUACGAAGUGAAAUUAAAACAAAACUUUCCACUUCUUCGCUCGUCUUUUCGCCGUCGUCUUCUGUGGCUAGAUCGUGAAACACUGGUGCAUCAUCAUUAUUGGUCCCCAACAGCUCACUUUCGUCGUGGCUUUUUUUAUUUGCAUGCUUUUAUUUUCGCAGUGAGUAACUUUUUUUUUAUGCAUCACCACUUUUUUUUGCGUCAUUGACUUCGGUUGUGUUUUUUAUUUUUAAUCUGCACUUUUUUUUUUUUUUUUUUUGCAUCGGUAACUUCUAUUGUGACUUCUCCUUUUGCAUUCUGUUUAUUUGCAGCAGUGGCAUUUCUCGGCCACCGUAUAAAUGGCAUGUCAAUCCUGCUUUUUAACCCUAUAUAAGUUAAACCGUUAUGAUUGAUUUUAGUGUAAGUUUGUGAAGAGUCUGCAAAGAAACAUGAGAAUCUCUACCUUAUAAUUAAAAUUGCAUCUACUUAACCACCAGAAUUGCCUCUUAAAUUCUCAUUUACUCUCUUUUUUUGUAGCUUUUAAAGACUCUUAAAAGACUGGGGGAACUUCCGAUGACUGUGGAUAUUCUCGUGGUAAGUAUUUGUAGAUUUAACCCUUCAGAUAAUAAAAAUGCACCAAAAGUGAAAAAAAAUAGACCCCAGCACAGCGUAUUAAUCCCUGAUUAUUUUUGUUUAUUACGGUUAAAUAAAGAAAUGAUAAUUGUGGUUUGUGAGUUUUCCGGGGACGCCAUAAACGUCUGACACACUCUACCUUUUUUUCUUGUCAGAUGUGAUUUAUGGCAAUUAGCAGAGCAGUCUCGACAUGUUUCUCACCAAACAGAUUGCGGCCUACCACUGCAAAGAUGAUAACAGCUAAACACCUAACAAAUACAUAUUUAAUCGACUCGGCCCUGUGUGAUCGAUCACAGGAGUUUGUUGGUGCUUGUCUGACAGCGGAAGUGUCCGUAUUUUAACGGUGUUUUCUCCCGCUGCAGGAAACUGGAGUUGGCAAGACUGUGAAUUCUUUUAGGAAACAUGAAGUAGCAGGAGAGGUGGCGAAAAACCUGGUCGCCAAAUGGAAAAAACUGGUUCCUCAGUCUGCAGACAGGUACACUCAGCAUACAUGUGUUCAGACAUGCAAACAACAAUAAUGACGAUGAGUGGAGCAGUCCACACUUUUGAUGUUUACACUGAUGUUUCACUGAAUUAAACCAUGACAGAUAGUUCUGCAGUUUGAGUUCCCAGGACUGAACAGGGACUUAGACUCAGUUCAGUCCUGGAUCCACUCUCUGUUCCUGUUGUAGCUUCAAACACAGUCUGGUGUCUCUGUGACUCAUCCUCACUGUCUAUCUUUGUACCUCAGACCCACCAACAGUCACCCCAAAGAGGCACCGCGGUCGCACAGCCACUCACGAGGCCAAGAGACUGUCGGAGGAGGAGGCCACAGACGAACCCGGGAGCCGUCCCCUGAGGAGGAGGAGGAGGAGGAGCCCUCCUACAUGGAAGAGGAAGAGGAAGAAGAGGAGAGAGGCUAUCACACAAACUACUCACCCUCACCUCCUCGACACGAGCAAUACAGCCCUCCGCAGAGGGGGGGAUACCACUCGGACGAGUAUGAGAGUCCUGAGCCGGAGCCUGAGCCGGAGCCUGAGCCUGAGCCGGAGCCCAGUCCUCCUCCUCCCCCUCCUCGUAAAGAAGUCCGCCACGCCAAGCCGAGCAAAGAGGCGAGCAAAAACCACAACCACAGUCACAACAGCGACAAAAACAGGGACAGAGACGAGGAGAGGCGGCAACGGCAUGCACAGAUGAGUAAUGACCGAGGAGGAGGAGGAGGAGGAGGAGGUGAAGGGAAGAAACGCAGCGCAGACAGAGAGAGACAACAGAGUCCAGUACAGAAGUCCACGAAACACAACAAGAAGUCGAGCUCGCAUGAGAGUAAGAAGGAGGAGAAGAAGAAAGGUGGAGAUGAUGGUGAGUGGGUUUGUUUCAGAGUGUUGAAAAGAGAUGAAAAAGACAGCGUGUGAGCAGACUCAGAUCUUUUUUAUUUCCUCGUUAAAAUGAGGUGCAGAAAUGUCCCACAGUGCACCUGGGCCUGCUGACAGCACUGUCACAUACUCAGGUGUGUCACUAAUAAUGCAUCCUGGAGCUAAACUGCAGAGAUUAGGAUUGGAAUAAGAUGCACAAGUGAUGCUUUGUAUUUCACCCCCAUUGUACAGAUGAAAAUGAUGAUAAUUAGAUUUAGAAACGUGAAAAAAAGUCAGCCCUCCAUCCAAAACUGAAACUGAGAACACUUUGAACUCGCUCCAGAGCAGCAGAUGAGCUUUUUCUGUGAAGUUUAAUCCCCGUAGAAGCCAAAAAGCAGAGGAGUCGUGCAGCUCUGUUCAUCAGAAAAGAUAAGCUGUGCAGUUUUAUCAGCUGAAGUUACUCUUGACAGACAGUGAGCAACAUCCUGUGCCGAUGAUUCGAGAUACUGAAGAUGCAGUUGUUUUUUUUCAGUGACUCACAGGAAGUGACAAAUCAAAAUUGAAAGAGCAAAGAGUUUCCCAAACAUCAGUGAGCGAUCUGUUCCUGCAAAGCUGGACACGAGAAGAUCCGACACUUUAUCUUUGAGUAGUCAGUGUUUAAAAAAUCACCAACCUUUAUUUAAACCUCCAAACGAACAGAGGAGAUAAUCGACUCAUAGAGAGCGGGUUAAAAACUGUCUUUCUGCAGAGUUUGUUGUAAUACUCGAAGCACAAAAACUAAAGGCAGUAUAUCAUCUCUGUUUCCAGGGCGACCCCGGGCGCCAAAAGACUCUCCAUCCAAAGAGGGGGACGAUGAGGACUUCGAGACCCCCACCAUGUCCUUCGAGUCAUUUCUCAACUACGAUGCCCCAACGCCUGCCAAGAAGAAGAAGAAGCCUUCGUCCUCGUCCUCCUCGUCACACAGUCGGCCAUCUCACUCUGCGUCCUCCACGUCAUCGUCCCACUCCACACGUACGCACCUGCCCGCGCCCUCCUCCUCCUCCACCUCUUCGUCCUCCUCUUCAUCCAAAGCGAGCAAAGCCAACGGUACUCAGAGCAGCAAGAGGUCGCAUUCGGGCUCCAGUUCGGCUGCAGCGACGCCCGAGAAACGAAAGAGGGUAAGAGGAAACUAGAUCAGCUUCAAAGGAGGUCAUUUUACCGAUAAUGAUUUAAACUUAGCGAGUACGAAGAGCUCUUUAAAGGAUAUCCAAAAAAUGUAUGUGGAGGAAGACUAUGGAAGUGAAAAAGGAAAAAGGCUAUAAAUGUAAAACGGAGGAUCUGAGCUGCAGAAUAAUUUGAAUUUAAAGUCGCAGUCAGCAACGUUUACAUCUUGAUAAGAAAUCUGGACGGUACAAGAUUGUACAAAGCCACCGUGAUUGGUCAGUUACUUUCAAACCACCACUGAUUGGUUAGAAAAGCAAUUAUCAAUGAGAAACUGACGGGUUUCUUUUUCUUUCAAAUGUGGCGCCCCCCUGUGGACAAAGAAGUCAUUACUCUUCUUGUCCUCUUCAUGCUUAAGUCGCGUCCUCUGACAAAAAUCUCAUCCUUCUGACUCUUGACACUCAAAUGUUUUUUAAUGGAAACUGCCCGUGAGGUUAAAAGACCCUAAAAAAUAUUUUAAAACUUUUCCAGGAUUAUUCUUCACCGUUAAUAAUAGAGUUGAUUUUCAAAAGAAACCAGGAUGAGUUUUUUUUAAAUUAGAAAACCCCCCUUGAACAUAAUAAAAGAGUUGAGAGUGAGCAUUUUGUCUACAGGGGGCGCCAAAGCCGACCCAAACAGAAAGUUCCUUACUGAAGCUUUAGCUGUGAAGUUUUUGUGUACAAACGCUUUUUUUUGUUUGUUUGUUUUUCUUUCUCUUGACAAAUUGGCUGUUUAUUUAUUUGAUUAAUUCUAACAGAACAGAUUUAAUAAAUUUAACGGAUCAAAUUCUCCAAGUAAAGAUGCAUCGUACUAUUUUCGGGUUUUUUAGUUGCAGCGAUAAAUUAGUUUGCUUUUGCAGACCCUGUACAAAAAUACUGGAUUUGAGGAUAAUCUUCGUCUUUGGUUGUCAGAGGAGUUCUGGUUUGAGUUUGUAAUCUGGAGGCCGAUGAGUUUCUACUUUCCUUUCUGAGCUUUGUCUGUACUUCUCUUCUCGAACCAAGGCUGUGCUUUUAUUUUGAAGUACUGGGCCUGUUUCCUAGCAACAUCGGCUUUAGUGACACCAAGGCUGUACAGAGAUGAGCGGCAACCUUGCAGACUUCGAAGGCUCAAACAGAUUAAGAGUCUCCAGUAUCACAAAAGCUCUUUUGUGCAGUUUCUUCUCCACUUGUAUCAGACUUACUCGUCAUCGUGAACUCCUCAGAAAGGUGAAAGAAAAACAGCUCUGCAGGCUGAACUGACUGUUUGCUGGUCGUAGCCUCAUAUUUUUCCAUCAAAUCAAAAAUCUGUGAUCAUUUAACUUCACAUUUCACCCUUCAGGUAGUUUGUCUCUUUCUUCUGUGUGUGUUUGAUUUAUUGCCCUCCAGUUUGGAGAGUUGUUUGCAGAUCUGUCUGGCUGACGGUAACGGUGUGUUUGCAGGUUGUCGAGGCGGUUCCCACUCUUCCUGACAUCCCUCUGCCCGCGAUUCAGCCAAACUACAGACCUCUGCCCUCCAUCGAUGUCACACCGCUGUCCCCUCAGAGACGGAAAGGUGAUAAAAACGCUCAUCUGGAAACUCGCUCUAUGAUUAAAAAGUGUGACCUGGUUUCUGUCCUGGUGGCUCUCUAAAUUUACCUCCUGCUCUCUUCAGUUCCUGUUUACAACGAUGAGGAGGAUGCCGGGUUCACGGGGAAACGGUUCAACUCCAAAAUGGUUGUCUACUCAGGAUCGAAGACCGCAUACCUGCCCAAGAUGAUGACUCUGUACGAGCAGUGCAUCCGUGUGCUUCAGAACAACAUCGACUGUGAGUGACUGAAAAGGUUUCUGUGUUUAAAACUUGAUGAUACCUGAUAAAAAAUAGUUUUUUAACAGAGCUGGGGGUUAUCAUCUGAAGGGGGACUUUACGUACAACAUUAAAAGGUGUUUGUGUUUCUGUUUGUGGAGUAAGGUUGUGGAACAGAUUAGGUGUGGAGCUCAAGCGUUGUCCAAGUAUGACCCAGUUUAAAAAGUGGUACAAAAACAUGGUUCUCAGCAGGUACAGGGAGGAAGAAGGACAGUAACUAUCGGGUGUUUUCUCAAAUGAUUUAUACACUUAUUUAUUCUAUUUAUGUUGUAUUUUUUUGUGAAUAUAAUUUAAUUUUGCUGGAGACUGACGGAUAUUAUUGAGUAAAGGAGAAGGGGUAGGUUUAAAAAAAAGCACAAUGCUUCAUCCUGCUCCUUUUCCGACACGUUGGGUUCGCGUUAUUAGUUUUAUUUUAUUUAAUUUUAGUUAUAUUUUUACUUUUUUUUGGUUUGAUUAUUGUUAUUUUUCCUUUUUUUUGCUUGGAUUAUUGUUAUUUUAUUUUUUACUUUUUUUUUGCUUUGAUUAUUGUUAUUUUAUUUUUUACUUUUUUUGCUUUAAUUAUUAUUUUAUUUUUAAUUGUUUUGCUUUGAUUAUUGUUAUUUUUAUUUUUACUUUUUUUGCCUCAAUUAUUGUUAUUUUAUUUUUUACUUUUUUUUUGCUUUGAUUAUUAUUUAAUUUUUACUUUUUUUGCUUCGAUUAUUGUUAUUUUAUUUUUUUACUUUUUUUUGCUUUGAUUAUUAUUUUAUUUUUUACUUUUUUUGCUUUAAUUAUUAUUAUUUUAUUUUUACUUUUUUUGCUUUGAUUAUUGUUAUUUUCAUUUUGACUUUUUUGCUUUGAUUAUUUUAUUUAUUUAUUUAUUUAUUUUUUGCUUUGAUUAUUAUUUAAUUUUUACUUUUUUUGCUUCGAUUAUUGUUAUUUUAUUUUUUACUUUUUUUGCUUUAAUUAUUAUUAUUUUAUUUUUACUUUCUUUGCUUUGAUUAUUAUUUUAUUUCCACUUUUUUUUGCUUUGAUUAUUAUUUUAUUUUCACUUUUUUUGCUUUGAUUAUUGUUAAUUUUGUUUAGAAUAUUCUCACUGGUUUUGUUUAUUUGUUUUCAGUUUACCUUUUUUGUUGUGUGCACAUGUUCAAAAAAUAAUAAUAAUAAAAUGAAAAAUGAAAUGAUCCAAAUGUUUGUCCCCACCCACCCGUAAUGUCAAGGUGGUGAAAACAACCACUCAGGUGUGACCUUCUCGUUCCUCUCUGCUCUUUCAGCCAUCGCCGAGGUCGGAGGAGUGCCGUUUGUGAUCCUGGAGCCUGUACUUGAGCGAUGUACGCCAGAGCAGCUGUACCGCAUCGAGCAGAGCAAUCAGGUGAGACGCACACUCACACGCUCUUGUCUUUCUAAACUUGGGAGGACUCCACAUUAUUCACCCAAACUUUUGCACCUGUCAGUGUUUAACUUUACUCUAAUACUUGUUUCAUGUGGGCGUCACAAAGUUCACCAAAGUCAGCAGAAAAGACGGUUUUAAUGCACCGACCAAAGUCCUUGAAGCAAAAUGUCCAGUCAGCUCUUUUUAUCCAACCACAUGUCGGAAAUUUGCCAAGUGGCUUUCUUGUCUGUGCAGCAUUCACCCAGACCUGAGUGGGUGUCAUUAGGUCCACGCAGGAACAGCAGCACACAGUGAUUUUGUUCUUAUUCAUGUCAGUGUCCUCAGAGUUCACCGAUCGAAAAAUCUGCAUAAAAGACGAUUAAAAAAAUAAGAGAAACAAUCAAACAGAGUCCUGAAAAGACUGACAGGACGUUUCCUCUCUCCGCAGUGGUUCACCGAGGACUCGGACGAGCUGUGGAUGCGUCACUGUCAGCGUGACUUCAAGCGAGAGUCUCCUCAGGAGUACGAGUCGUGGAGGGAGAUGUACCUGAGGCUGCACGACGAGCGCGAGGAGAGGCUGAGGCUGCUCACCCAGAACAUCUCCUCAGCUCACGCCAACAAACCAAAAGGUCCAGAAACUUCUUCAGACUGAGGGGGAGGUUGAUUUGAGGUGUUGGAUGAAGUGAUAACACAUCAGGUUACAUGAACAGAUGGAUGAAUAAAUCAGAAACAGAUGAUAUAAACCUGCUGUCUGAAGCAGCAAAAACGGAGGUUCAUAUUCACACAAACGAGACAGAUAUUAGUUUCACUUAUGAACGCCUCUGACUGACGUAAUCUUGUGUUUGUCUCUGCAGGGCGCCAGGUAAAGAUGGCGUUUGUGAAUUCUGUUGCCAAGCCACCGCGUGACGUUCGCCGUCGACAGGAGAAGUUUGGCACCACCAGCGGCGGAUCCACAGCCGCGUCCACCGCCGCCGCAGCUCCCAUCAGGUAAGAAAUGACCUCUGAUUACAAUAAUGUACAUCUGAAUCUAUUUAUGCAAAUACUCAUCAAAUAUUAAUACUCAUUAUCAAAUGUCAUUAAUAACUAAUAACUAUUGACUGGUAUUAAAAGUUUUUUUGUAAAUACACCACAAAAAAGAUGCUUCUAAACAAAAUCCUGCCUACCCCACCUUUAAAGUUGUUUUAUUUCUAACAUAAAAUCAGAAAUAACCUCCAGAAUUGACUUGGUGACACUUCGAUAUCCCGCUGACUCACUCGCCUUUUGUCGUCUCCCAGAAUCAGACCAGCUGCCACAGACUACUCUGGUGAAUCAAGCCGCUCCUCUUUAUCCCAACUCACCCCUUCACCCAGCUCGUCUCGCUCCUCAGCGCCCAGCGGAGGAGGAGGAGGCGGCGGGGGAGGAGCAGCAGGAGGAGGAGGAGGAGGAGUAGGAGGAGGACACGCAGCAAGGGACAAACCACAGGUCAAAAGUGAGUGUGUGUUUUCCUGCUACACUCGAUCAAAAUUCUGUUUUAAAAUGAUGAAAAUCUCACAGACUCUUUGUUCUUGUGCUCCUCCCCUCUCAGAAAUCGCUCCCAUGAUGGCCAAGACUAUCAAAGCUUUCAAGAACCGGUUCUCCCGCCGAUAGUGUGAAUGAGGCUGAAUGUAUUUAAUGAAUUCCAACUGUGUUUUUAAUUUAAGUGAAAUAAGAAAAAAACAAAAAAACCUUCACGGCCCUGCAAACAAACAUCCUCACCCACCGAACACAUCAAAUGAACUUUGGUGGGAUGAUGUAUUUUUCUAAUUUAAACGCUGUCAUUAGUUUGAAAGGGUCUUUGAAUAAGUAUUUAAAUCUGAAUGAGGAUCAUCAGGAGUCACAUCUGUGUAAAACAUGAACUUUUUACCGGAUGGAAAGGACACACACAUGCACACACAUGCACAUAUAAACAUACUGUCUGUUACUUAUGUCAUAUUUCUUAAAAGGAAGCGCUCAGCUUUUGAGAAACACCCUUUAUUUCUUGAAGAGAAGACUGAUAUCACUCACACUCACACACACAGAUCUGCAGCUGUCUUAGCUUACCUUAGCAUAAAGACGAAGAAAGGGGAAGGAGCGAGAUUGGCUCUGUCACAACCUCCAAAAAUUCACUAUCAUCACUUUAUGAUCCGUGUCCUUUACAGAAGACUUCCCCUCUGUUUCCACUCUUAAUGCUCAGCCAAGCUAACUCAGUUUUACUCCCAUAAAUAAGACCUGUGAGCAUCGUUGACUUUCCUUUUAGAGUCAGACGGGAGAAGAAAAUGUGUUUUUCCUUCAAUAUUGAACUCUUGAGUUUCUUUUCUAUAAUGGAUCAAAUGAUACACUACAUGCUCUCGUCCUUCAGUGGCACACCUGGUGCUCAACAGUCACGGUAUUAAGAGGCAGCAGGUUAAAGACCCUACUUUUAAAAGACAACCAUAUUUUAACAUGUUACUCAGCGUUAUUAUGAUUAUUUUAAUGUGUAGGGAUUAUAUGAUAUCAGUGGACUGCCCCUGCACGAGCAUAGUAGAGUUGUUUUAACCCGCCUGUGGCUUCAGAUCCUGUUUUCCUGCUGUCAGAUGUGUGUAUCCUUGUUUUUAUCUGCCUCACUGUGACACGACAGUUUUGAGAAAGGGCCGAAGAAAAACCAACGAGGAAAAAUACCGAGGAAAAAAGAAGCAGAUAGGAAUAAUUCAGCUUCGAUGUACAACAACAAUGAGAUGUAUUUAUUUUGAACACUGGGACCCAGAACCCCAACAACACGGGCCUGAAUAGAGCUAGAUUCUAAAUUGUAAUUUUAUUAGAUUUUAAUAAAUGUUAUAUGGUCAUUUUUAUUAAAUUGACUUUUGCCCUUAUAUCUGUUUGUGUUGUUUUUUUACAUGAUUAAAGGGGAAACAAUCUGAGCCGGAAAA